GAUGCCAACACAUUCUCUCUCUCCUGCAGUAAACUUCCAUGAAUGCUAUCUCACUCUCACUCUCUGCAACAACCAUUCCCAAUUGCCAUGUCUGCUGUUUCUUUCUCCACUCCUUCUUCUUACUAUCAUUCAUGUCCAAGCUCUAAUCCUCCACGCGUAACCCUACUCACCCGAAUUUCUUGCGUCUCCAACCCGACCCGUCCGAUUAGGAAGCGAACGACCGACCAAUCCGAAACCCUAGAGUUUGUUCGCUUGCUCACUCGGAAGAUAACCGACAAAGAACCAUUGCUGAAAACAUUGAACAAGUAUGUCAAGGUUGUUAGAACCGAGCAUUGUUUCUUGCUCUUUGAAGAACUAGGAAAACAUGAUAAAUGGCUUCAAUGCCUUGAGGUUUUCAGAUGGAUGCAGCGACAACGAUGGUAUAUUGCAGAUAAUGGGGUUUACUCUAAACUCAUAUCAAUUAUGGGAAAGAAAGGACAAAUCAGGCUGGCUAUGUGGCUUUUCUCGGAGAUGCGGAACACUGGCUGUCGCCCGGAUACUUCUGUAUAUAAUUCACUUAUUUCUGCCCACCUUCAUUCGCGGGACAAGUCCAAGGCGUUGGACAAAGCUCUUGGGUACUUUGAGAAGAUGAAAGGAACUGAGCGGUGCAAGCCCAACAUCGUUACAUAUAAUAUUCUUUUGAGAGCUUUUGCUCAGGCUCGGAAUGUAGAUCAGGUGAACUCUUUGUUCAAAGAUCUUGACGAGAGUGUUCUUUCAUCGGACAUUUACACUUUCAACGGUGUGAUGGAUGGAUAUGGAAAAAACGGGAUGAUUCGAGAUAUGGAAUCGGUGCUUGCUCAGAUGAAGAGUAAUCAGGUUAAGCCCGACUUGAUUACCUACAAUUUGCUCAUUGAUGCAUACGGGAAAAAGCAGCAAUUUGAUAAGAUGGAACAAGUAUUUAAGAGUUUAUUGCAUUCCAAGGUGAAGCCGGCACUGCCUACAUUCAACUCAAUGAUUUUGAACUACGGAAAGGCACGACAAAAGGAUAAAGCAGAAGAUGUUUUCCAAAACAUGACCGACAUGGGUUAUACUCCGAGUUUUGUUACGCAUGAGAGUCUCAUAUAUAUGUAUGGCUUAUGUGGCUGUGUCUCCAAAGCUGUAGAAUUGUUCGAUAGACUGAUUCGAUCAAAUGUUCCGAUAAAAGUUUCAACAUUAAAUUAUAUGCUUGAUGUUUACUGCAUAAAUGGUUUGCCACAAGAAGCAGAUUCACUGUUUGCGAGGGCAAGGAGUUUAAAAAUAAUUCCAGAUGCAUCAACUUAUAAACUUCUUUAUAAGGCAUACACUAAAGCAAACACAAAGGAGCUUCUAGAUAAAUUGCUAAAGCAAAUGGAUAAAGAUGGCAUUAUCCCUAAUAAGAGGUUCUUUGUAGAUGCUUUGGGUGCUAUUGGAUCUUCGAGGGUAAAGUCGGGAUCUGCAAAUGCUGGAACUGAUUCAAAUAGUACACAAAAAAUUGUGAAAACUCAACUACAAACAUAGUUGGCAAUUCACACCGAGAAUUCAUUGGCCCAUCCACAACUUCCAUACAAUACAAGCAGCUCUGUUCACGCGUGUGGUGGUAUGAUAACUCCCUUUGCUAUAAGCUUUCCCUCAUUCUAUUUUACAGUGCACAGAUUCACCCUUUUAGUAUUUGAUUUAUCUUAACUUUGGUGUAUAUGAUCAUUAUAUUACUUUUACCUAAUUCAACGGUUGGAUUUGUUAUUA